GGCUUGGUUGCUGGUUCUGUGAUGGGGAGAGAAGUGGACUUCACCAGACUGGCUGGCAAGGACAGACCUGUCACAAAGUCAUCUUUGUUCAUGCUUCACUGGAAACAGAUACUGCUAGUUCCAGGUGCCUAUACUGAACACUUGGAGAUCCUGCUUCCUGCCUCCCAGGCCAUAGCUGUGGGAGACUAGGGGUGAAGCAGAGACAUUUCUGUAUUCAGCCGCCCAGGCAGAGGAGAAUGGGGUCUCCACAGCCUGAAGAAUGAAGACACGACAGAAUAAAGACUCAAUGUCAAUGAGGAGUGGACGGAAGAAAGAGGCCCCUGGGCCCCGGGAAGAACUGAGAUCGAGGGGCCGGGCCUCCCCUGGAGGGGUCAGCACGUCCAGCAGUGAUGGCAAAGCGGAGAAGUCUAGGCAGACAGCCAAGAAGGCCCGAGUCGAGGAAGCCUCCACCCCAAAGGUCAGCAAGCAGGGCCGGAGUGAGGAGAUCUCAGAGAGUGAAAGCGAGGAGACCAGUGCACCAAAAAAGACCAAAACCGAGCAGGAGCUCCCACGGCCACAGUCUCCCUCAGAUCUGGACAGUUUAGAUGGGCGGAGCCUUAAUGAUGAUGGCAGCAGUGACCCUAGGGACAUUGACCAGGAUAACCGAAGCACGUCCCCCAGCAUCUACAGCCCUGGAAGUGUGGAGAAUGACUCCGACUCAUCCUCUGGCUUAUCCCAGGGUCCAGCCCGCCCCUACCACCCACCUCCACUCUUUCCUCCCUCCCCCCAACCCCCAGACAACACCCCCCGACAGCCAGAGCCUGGUUUUGAACCCCAUUCCUCUGUGACACCCACUGGAUAUCAUGCUCCCAUGGAGCCACCCCCAUCUCGAAUGUUUCAGGCUCCCCCUGGAGCCCCUCCCCCUCACCCACAGCUGUACCCUGGGGGGGCUGGUGGAGGAGUUUUAUCUGGACCUCCCAUGGGUCCCAAGGGGGGAGGGGCGGCCUCUUCAGUGGGGACCCCUAGUGGGGGUAAGCAGCACCCACCACCCACCACCCCCAUUUCAAUCUCAAACUCUGGGGCUGGCAGUGCUCCCCCAACCAAGCCACCUAACACUCCAGUGGGUGGUGGGAACUUACCCUCUGCACCACCACCAGCCACCUUUCCCCAUGUGACACCAAACCUGCCUCCCCCUCCUGCUCUGAGACCCCUUAACAAUGCAUCUGCCUCUCCUCCUGGUCUGGGGGCCCAGCCACUACCUGGGCAUCUGCCCUCGCCCCAUGCCAUGGGGCAGGGUAUGGGUGGACUUCCUCCUGGCCCAGAGAAAGGCCCCACUCUAGCUCCUUCACCUCACCCUCUGCCUCCUGCUUCCUCCUCUUCUGCCCCAGCUCCACCCAUGAGGUAUCCAUAUUCUUCCUCUAGCAGUAGCUCUGCAGCAGCCUCCUCUGCCAGUUCUUCCUCUGCCUCCCAGUACCCAGCUUCCCAGGCACUGCCCAGUUAUCCCCACUCCUUCCCACCCCCUACAAGCCUUUCUGUUGCCAAUCAACCACCCAAGUACACUCAGCCUUCUCUCCCGUCCCAGGCAGUAUGGAGCCAGGGUCCCCCUCCACCUCCUCCCUAUGGCAGACUCUUAGCCAACAACAAUGCCCAUUCGGGUCCCUUCCCUCCUCCCACGGGGGGCCAAUCUGCAGCUCAUCCACCAGCCCCAACACAUCACCAUCACCACCAGCAACAGCAGCAGCAGCAACAGCAGCAGCAGCAGCAACACCAUGGAAACUCUGGACCCCCUCCACCUGGAGCAUAUCCCCACCCCCUGGAGAGCAGUGGCUCCCACCACGCACACCCUUACACCAUGUCCCCCUCUCUGGGGUCUCUGAGGCCCUACCCACCAGGGCCAGCACAUCUGCCUCCACCUCACAACCAGGUGUCCUACAGCCAAGCAGGCCCCAAUGGCCCUCCAGUCUCCUCUUCCUCUUCCAACUCCUCUUCCUCUUCUCAAGGGUCCUACCCAAGUUCACACCCUUCCCCUAACCAGGGCCCCCAAGGGGCAUCCUAUCCCUUCCCACCGGUGCCUCAGGUCACCACCUCCUCAGCUACCCUUUCCACUGUCAUUGCCACGGUGGCUUCCUCGCCAGCAGGCUACAAAACAGCCUCCCCUCCUGGGCCCCCACCCUAUGGAAAGAGAGCCCCAUCCCCAGGAACCUACAAGACAGCGACCCCACCAGGAUACAAGCCGGGGUCACCGCCCUCCUUCCGAACCGGGACCCCACCGGGCUAUAGAGGUGCCUCGCCACCUGCAGGGCCAGGGACCUUCAAGCCCGGCUCGCCCACCGUGGGCCCGGGACCACUUCCACCUGCAGGGCCGUCGGGCCUGCCAUCCCUGCCGCCGCCACCGCCACCACCACCACCGCCGGCGGCCCCUGCCUCAGGGCCGCCCCUGAACGCCGCACAAAUCAAACAGGAGCCGGCGGAGGAGUAUGAGGCCCCCGAGAGCCCAGUGCCUCCUGCCCGCAGCCCCUCGCCCCCUCCCAAAGUGGUAGACGUGCCCAGCCAUGCCAGUCAGUCCGCCAGGUUCAACAAACACCUGGACCGCGGCUUUAACUCGUGCGCGCGCAGCGACCUGUACUUCGUGCCGCUGGAGGGCUCCAAGCUGGCCAAGAAGCGGGCCGACCUGGUGGAGAAGGUGCGGCGCGAGGCCGAGCAGCGCGCGCGCGAGGAGAAGGAGCGCGAGCGCGAGCGGGAACGCGAGAAGGAGCGCGAGCGCGAGAAGGAGCGCGAGCUGGAACGCAGCGUGAAGUUGGCUCAGGAGGGUCGUGCUCCAGUGGAGUGUCCGUCUCUCGGCCCGGUGCCCCAUCGUCCUCCAUUCGAGCCAGGCAGUGCAGUGGCGACUGUGCCCCCCUACUUAGGUCCUGACACGCCGGCCCUUCGCACUCUGAGUGAAUACGCCAGGCCCCAUGUCAUGUCUCCUGGCAAUCGCAACCACCCAUUUUAUGUGCCCCUGGGGGCAGUGGACCCGGGGCUUCUGGGUUAUAAUGUCCCGGCCCUGUACAGCAGUGACCCAGCAGCCCGCGAGAGGGAGCGUGAAGCCCGCGAACGAGACCUCCGAGACCGCCUCAAGCCUGGCUUCGAGGUGAAGCCCAGUGAGCUGGAACCCCUACAUGGGGUCCCUGGACCAGGCCUGGAUCCCUUCCCUCGACAUGGGGGCCUGGCUCUGCAGCCGGGCCCCCCUGGCCUGCAUCCUUUCCCCUUUCACCCAAGCCUGGGGCCCUUGGAGAGAGAACGUCUAGCGCUGGCAGCUGGGCCAGCCCUGCGGCCUGACAUGUCCUAUGCCGAGCGUCUGGCAGCUGAGAGGCAACACGCAGAAAGGGUGGCAGCCCUGGGCAAUGACCCCCUGGCACGGCUGCAGAUGCUCAACGUGACCCCCCAUCACCACCAGCACUCCCACAUCCACUCUCACCUGCACCUCCACCAGCAGGAUGCUAUCCAUGCAGCCUCUGCCUCGGUGCACCCUCUCAUUGACCCUCUGGCCUCAGGGUCUCACCUCACCCGGAUCCCCUACCCAGCUGGGACUCUCCCGAACCCCCUUCUUCCUCACCCUCUGCACGAGAACGAAGUUCUUCGUCACCAGCUCUUUGCUGCUCCUUACCGGGACCUGCCAGCCUCCCUUUCCGCCCCGAUGUCGGCUGCUCACCAGCUGCAGGCCAUGCACGCGCAGUCUGCCGAGCUGCAGCGCUUGGCGCUGGAGCAGCAGCAAUGGCUGCAUGCCCAUCACCCACUGCACAGUGUGCCCCUGCCCGCCCAGGAGGACUACUACAGUCACCUGAAGAAAGAGAGCGACAAGCCGCUGUAGAACCUGUGAUCAAGAGAGUACCUGCAGCCCUGCUUGUGGACCUUGGAGACCUCCCUCCUGGCCUGCCUCCUGGAGCAAGGAGGGUUGCUGCUCAGUUGCAGGGCCUCAGCAACUGUGGGGGAGGAGAGGAGGGGGCGGUAGGAAGGCCCAGCUUCCGUGGUGUGCGAGGUGGGGAUGGCCUGGGUGGGGCAGAAAGCGCACAGCAUCUUGGACCAGGCCCCUCUUCCUUGUUCCCCUGCUUUCUUCCUCCCUCUUGCCCAAUCCGUGGUGGCCACUGCCCUCUGCCCCCCCACCCCCUUGGUGUGAUUAUUUCAUCUGUUAGAUGUGGCUGUUUUGCGUAGCAUCUUGUGCGCCCCUGCCCCUCCCCAGCCCCAGUGUGCGCGCCCCCUCUGCGAUGUAUGCCCCUUCCCCUCCCCAUUAAUAAUUUAUAUAUAUAAAUAUCUAUAUGAUGCUCUUUAAAAAACAUCCCAACCAAAACCAACCAAACAAAAACAUCCUCACGACCCCCCAGGAA